CCACCCCCGCAGCCGCUAUCGACGAAAGCGGGACCGAAACUGAACUUAAGGUGGCCAAGGCGCAUGUGCAAAUCUUUCCUGCUGCAGAAGUGGCUUGGAAGUUUGCUGGAGGAGCAUCAAACUUUUCUCCGGCUUUUGCCGGGCUUCUGUUUCAGGUCUGCUGGUGGGUGUGGCGAGAAACUUGUCUCUUCUCUUUGAACGCCAGCCUAUCUUUGCAGCACGAUAGACUCAUGGCAGGGAGCCCGCUGCCGCCAAAAAGACAGGUGGAAGAAGAGACCCGGAGGGUGCUGGAAGCAUUCCUGCAAAGGGCGCUAAGAAAUGGAGAGGUGGAGUCCCUAGGUCACGUGGGCGGGAGUUAUUAUGAUCCUACAAGUUACAUGCACAGCUCCCCUACAGAACACUUCCAGGAUUGUCCAGCUUGGGGCUCUGCCCAUGAGGAAAAUAACUGUGGCGACGAAAAAAAGCAUAGCUUCCGCACCAGCAUCAAGCGUCUACUGCAGCGGCGGCCUAGUCCGCGAACCCCGCCGGACAACAUGCCGCCUUCUAUGGGCUCCUUAAAGAGGUCCAAGGCAGGAGGGGAGGUUGGGGAAGGCGGCCGCCAGAAGCGCUCCUUCUCCCUCAAGAACAUCCUGCGGAAAAAGGGAUCUUCCUCGGGGGAGACGACAAGCCCCGGUGGGACUCUCCAGCGCCCUGACUCCCUGCCUGUUGUCAACUGCUACUGUCGGAAACACCCGUCGGAGCAACGGGUGCCCCAAGGGAGUGGUGGUGAGGCGGAGAAUGCUGAGUUGUAUACCUUGGUGGCCCAGAAACUGGACCACUUGGUCAAGCAGCAACAGCUGACCAGCCCUUUGGUGGCCAAAAGCUUGCCUUUUCCCACAGAUGAAAUCAACAUACUUCCCACGGGUGGCACUCUACCCAGCACUCCAGUUAUUUCGGAGGAGCUGCCAGGAGACUUGGAGGAGAAACAGAAAGAGCAAAUCCUCCAGAAACUGGUUGCCCUUCUGGAAGAGAAGGCCGGAAUCAUCAAUAAGGAGAUUGAGGCCGACCCACUGCUACGCAACACCUUAUCCCGCUUGUCCUACCGCAGCUUCUCUCGCCUGGCCGAGGCCUUCACCUCACGUGCCCCCCCUGGUCUCCCCAGCCCCCAGCUGGCUAAGCUGGCGCUCACCAUGGAGCUCACGCGAAAAGUGGCCGGUAUCAACAGCCAUGCAGUGCACACCCUCAUGGGCUACAGUCUCCAGUAUAUGGACAUGUUUGUGCCCUGGUUACAGCAGCAGGGUGGCUGGGAAAGCAUUGUGGCCCAGGAAGAGAUAUUUGAUCUGCAGCUUGACUAGCCAUGAGCCAGUGCCACUGCUCCUAAAACUGUGAUGGAGUGAAUUGCUCUUGAGACUUGCCUGGGCAAAGCUGACUAAUGGGUGGGUUUGUUUUUUUCAAAGUCUCCCAGGAAAGUCCCAUCUUCUCUCUCCAGCAGGGUAAAUGCCACUCAAGGAAAGAUAUGUCCUUGCAACACUGAUCAGAAUGUGACAUUUAAGCUAGCCCAGGGAUCUAGAAAUCCACGCUAAUAACUCCCAAACUUCUGGACUUGGAAUAAAUGGCAGAAAUUGAUUUUAUUUAUUUUUUUGCACUAAUUGUUGCUGCUCUGUUCCUGCGGGAUUUGGAGUCCUGUUUUUAAAACUUGGCAAAGGAAAAUAAGGAUCAGAGAAAAAUAGGAUAGUUGAACUAAGUAGGCAUUGGUAGGGAACAGAGGCUAUAAUUCAGAUGCCGGUCAUUGAAGGCAAGGUUGGUGGAGAUCCAAGCGUAGGGCCUUAUAAUUGGUGACUCCUUAUCUUUGAAAUGGUCUUCUAAAGAAAGCUUACCUGGUUCUGACACUGUUAUCUUUUGAGCACCAAGUGAAAACAU